AUGGCGUCUUUCCUGCGCCGCUUCGCUACCUCAGGUUCAGCUGCCAAAACACCGAUGUCGAACGUAUUUUUUGACGUGGCCGUCGACCAGAAGCCUGCUGGCCGGAUAGUGUUCAGGCUGUUCGACGACGUUGUGCCCAAGACCGCGAAGAACUUCCGGGAACUUGCAACAGGCCAGCAUGGAUUCGGAUACGCGGGCAGCUCGUUCCACAGAGUUAUUCCAAACUUCAUGCUCCAGGGCGGCGACUUCACACGUCACAACGGUACUGGCGGGAAGUCGAUCUACGGGGAAAAGUUCACAGACGAGAACUUCCAGCUGCGACAUACCAAGCCAGGUCUACUUUCCAUGGCUAACGCGGGUCCCAACACGAAUGGUUCGCAGUUCUUCAUCACAACGGUGGUGACAUCAUGGCUAGAUGGCAAGCACGUUGUUUUCGGCGAGGUUGUCGAUGGCAUGGACGUCGUGAAGCAGGUUGAGGCGGUCGGGACCGACUCCGGGCGUCCAAAGUCCAAAGUCACCAUCACAUCUUCCGGCACUGUCUGA